AUGCAAUACGUCGGCAAAGUUGGAGGAUACGUCUACAACCAGUGGAAUUCGCUCAAUCCUCUGACGCUUUCCGGUGCGAUUGACAUCAUUGUAGUAGAACAGCCGGACGGGACGCUCCACUGUUCGCCGUGGCAUGUUAGGUUUGGGAAGUUCCAAAUCAUCAAGCCGCUGCAGAAAAAGAUCGAUUUGUAUGUCAAUGACGUGAAGACGGAUUUGCCCAUGAAGUUGGGUGAUGGUGGAGAAGGAUUUUUUGUGUUUGAAACCGACAGCCGUGAUGGGUUAUCCCAGAGCGUGUUGACAUCUCCGGUUAUAUCGCCAGUUUCUUCGGCAUCCACGUCUCCAAUUGGUUCUCCACAACUGUCUGGUAUCGGAGAAGAUGAUAUUGGGCGGGCAGAGCCGGAAUUACUCGAUUUAAACGCGAACUCCGUCGAUAUUGAAGACAAGAUCAAACUUUCCGAUGAGCCUUCGCCAGUACUUGCUGGGUCUUCACCGAAAGCUGCAACUCCGACACCAUCGUUGCAGUCCAAGACGUUUGAAAAAGUGAGGAAAAUCACCCAAAAGUUGAACAUACCCUCAAAGAUCGACAUCAACGGCGAUAUCGUUUUGGACAUGGACGGUUAUAAGCCCAACGCCCAGAAGAACAUCGACAACUCCGACGAGUUGUUCAAGAAGAUAUUUUUACAGGAGAUAAAGGAUUCGUCGGCUUUCGUCAGUAAAGACAAAAAUGGCAAUAUUCGUAUUUUGAAUAGAGAUCACUUAUCACCGAUGGAAGACGAUUUGAUGUCGGUCGAAGGCUUGGUUAGUGAGAACGAAGAUGACGCCCAGUCGUUGAGAACCUCUGCCUCUGUUAUAACCUCCAAUACUGGUAGCAACACAGGAGAUGGAUCUCUUCCCAGUUCCAGUAGUGAGUCAAGUAAAACAUACUUCAAAACUCUUCGGUUGACUUCUGAACAGAUGCAGAAAAUGAAGUUGCAUUAUGGUGAAAACAAGUUGACGUUCAAACUCAGCGAAGGUACGGCUCAGAUUGAGUCUUAUUUGUAUCUCUGGAGGGCCACUACACCAAUAGUAAUCUCGGAUAUCGAUGGAACCAUCACCAAGUCCGAUGCCUUGGGCCAUGUGCUUAACUUGUUCGGUAAGGAUUGGACCCAUCCUGGUGUAGCUACUCUUUUCACCGACAUCAAAGCCAACGGGUACAACAUUAUAUAUCUUACCGCAAGGUCGGUAGGCCAAGCCGAUACUACCAGACAAUAUUUACGUGGCAUUGUACAAGACAAUGGCGUGAAAUUGCCUCAGGGACCGGUCAUUCUUUCUCCCGAUCGAACCAUGGCCGCCUUGCGUCGAGAAGUCAUCUUGAAGAAGCCAGAAGUGUUUAAGAUGGCGUGUUUGAACGAUAUCAAAAGUCUCUAUUUCCACAGUGAUCAGUUCGCAGAGCCAGAAGAUGACGAGAGAACGCCUUUCUACGCGGGUUUCGGCAACAGAAUCACCGACGCUAUAAGCUACAGAUCGGUGAAGAUUCCCAGUCACAGAAUAUUCACUAUCAAUCCCAAUGGAGAAGUCCAUAUGGAAUUGUUGGAGUUGGCCGGUUACAAGUCGUCGUAUUUACAUAUCGGAGAGUUGGUCGACCAAUUUUUCCCUCCAAUCAAACAGGUUUCGUCCCUGGACUCACUGCCUGGUUCACCUCGAAGCCUCAACGAGGAAGGCUUCAGAGACUUCCAAACUGAAGAGAAGUUCAACGACGUCAACUAUUGGCGAGAGCCACUUAGUUUCAGCGAUUUGAGCGAUCUUGAUGAUGAAGAAACAGCAACACCAGAACCUCCUAAAUCGCCAGGUCUAUUGCUGUUGCGCUCAUUCACUUCUGACUCUGAAAAUAUAUACGAUGAGAAGAAAGCUGCUACAAAUCCAGAACUUAAUGAAACCCGUACUCGUUCCAGGGCUUCCUCAAGUCCACCAGAACGCCCUACUUCAGAUCUCGAUGACGAUGACGAUUACACUGACGACGAUUACGAUGAAGAUGAAGAUGAUGACUAUGAAGAUGACGACGAUUACGAUGAAGAAGAAGAAGAGGAAGACUACGAUGAGGAAGAAGACUUCGAUGAGGAGGACAUAGAUGAUGAUGACAUCGAUGAAGAUGACGGGCUACCAGAAGAAGUUCAACAGAAGUUGUCUAUCACAGAAAACAGCAACACCAAAUCCAAAGUCACCAUUAACAAUAAUAGCAGUAUCGAAAAGAGAAAAGCAUCAUGUGACCCUCCCCAAUUAGGCUUGGAUCACGCUAGUGGUUUUGUCAAAGCCAGCAAUAUUCGCUAGAUAGAAGAGUAUUAUAAGGAAAGCAACAAGUACAUAGAAGUCGAGUGACACUUAGCAAAAUAGCUGCGAAACUACAAAACCAUUCGCUCGCACAUCCAUAUAGAAAGUAGAUCUCUACAAAUAUCUAAUAACGCUUUGU